AUGCCACUCCUAGGGUACGCCUCGCUGGUUGCCUCGAACGUGGUCAUCAAGUAUAGGAAGGAAUUUUGCUGUGCUUUUGUCCUUUCCAUAUUGGAGAACAUAAAAGACGGUGGCGACUCUUACUUACCGCGAUAUUUCGCGAAACCAUCUAAAAAACAGUCAGUUCUAUUUCCACCGAUCACACUAGCCAAUGUGGACAAUGCUAAUGCACUAUAUGCAAAAUUGAUUGAAGAAUUUGAAAGAUGCAUCCUCAGUUAUUUUGCUUUUCAUUGGAACCGAGCUUCAUUUAUCAUUACCCAGGUAUUAAGUUCUCAGUCCCAACCCAAAAUAAAUCUCAAAAAUAUUCUUUUGGAAGCCACAAGGGAACAUAGGUUUGAGAUAAUAACAAAGAAACUAAAGGUGGCCAGAGUGUUCUCUAUAUUGGUUGAAGAGAUUAAAGCAAUAAAGGGUGACUCGCAAAGUUGUGAUGACAAGGUCUCCAUUGUCCAGAGUGAGAGGAGUCCAGUGUUGCUGCUUAUGGGUGGAGGCAUGGGAUCUGGAAAAAGCAUUGUUCUUAAAGACAUUCUUAGAGAAUCAUUUUGGUCAGAAGCUGCAUCCAAUGUUGUGGUUGUUGAAGCAGAUGCUUUUAAGGAGAGUGAUGUCAUUUAUAGAGCUCUUAAAUCUACGGGCCACCAUGAUGAAAUGCUUCAAAGUGCUGAACUGGUGCAUCAGACUUCGACUGAUGCUGCAUCAUCUCUACUAGUGACAACUUUAAAUAAAGGGCGAAAUGUGAUCAUGGAUAGUACCUUAGCAUGGGAACCUUUCCUAGAGAAAACUAUUGCUAUGGCAAGAAAUGUUCACAAAAAUCGCUGUCUAAGGUAA